AGAGACAUUGGUGCUUUCUGGGAUCCUUUCGCUGUGCUUUGUUCCACGUUUCUUGAGAAUCACUUUUGGUGUGCUUUCUUCCUCAUUUCUAAAGAAACUGCAAUGGCAGAGGCAGUUCUUUCUGCUCUUGUUCAGGUGAUAUUUGAAAAUUUGUCUUCUCAGAUUUUUGAAGAGUAUGGUAUGUUACAUGGAACUAAGAAGGAGAUGAGAAAGCUUCAGAGUGUGUUGUCAACAAUCCAAGCCGUCCUUGACGAUGCAGAAGAUCGGCAAGUACUGGAUAAGGCAGUGAAGGAUUGGUUGAUAAAGCUCAAAGACAUUGCUUAUGAUGCAGAUGACUUGUUGGAUGAGUACAUAUCAGAAGCUUCACAACGCAAACUGGAGUUCCAUGAUCAUGUGGAUAUCCAAGGUUGCAUGACCAAUGAGGUACGCUUCUUCUGUUCUCAAUCAAAUCUGAUUCUAUCUAGUUAUAGAGUGAAGAAAGCGUUGGAGAACAUAGUGGAUAGAUUAAAUACAAUAGCAGAUGAGAGGUUCAAAUUUCAUUUGAAAGAUAAGUUUCUUGAUUAUAGCACCCAAUCAUCUGGAAGACUACAAUCAGAUUCUUUCUUAUUUGAAUCGGAAGUUUUUGGGAGAGAUGAAGAGAAAGAGAAAAUCAUGAAGUUUCUAAUGAAUCCAACUGAUAAAGGGGAUGUUUCAGUCCUUCCCCUAGUUGGUAUGGGCGGGCUAGGAAAAACAACACUUGCAAAAUUGGUCUACAAUGACAAGAGGGUGGAGAAGCAUUUUGAGCAAAGAAUUUGGGUUUGUGUUUCUGAAGAGUUUGAUGUAAAGAGGCUUAUGAGAGCAAUUGUAGAAUCAGUGACGGGGAAUAGAUGUGAUCUUCUAGAAAUGGAGACGAUUCACCGUCGCAUUCAAGAAUCGAUAAUGGGGAAGAGGUUCUUACUGGUUUUAGAUGAUGUGUGGAAUGAUGAUCAUGAAAAAUGGGAAGGAUUGAAGAACUCAGUGAGGCAUGGUUCUGAAGGGAGCAAAAUCUUAGUAACAACUCGCAGUGAAAAGGUUGCAUUGGUAAUGGGCACUACCAACCCUUACCAUUUGGAGGGUCUUUCAGAUGAUGAUUGCUGGUCAUUGUUUGAGCAAAGAGCAUUCAAGUGUGGAAAACCAGAAGAGGGUUCAAGUAUGUUGGCAAUUGGAAAGGAAAUAGCAAAGAACUGCAGGGGCGUACCUUUGGCAGCAAAAGCUCUAGGAAGCUUAAUGGGCUUGAAAAGGCGAAGAAGUGAGUGGUUGCUUGUUAAAGACAAUGAGAUAUGGAGUCUUAUUGAGGAAGAAAAUGGCAUUUUGCCUGUAUUACGACUAAGUUAUGACAAUCUACCAUCACAUCUCAAACAAUGUUUUGCUUACUGCUCCCUAUUUCCUAAAGGCUUCAGGAUAAAGAAGGAGGAGUUAAUCCAUUUAUGGAUGGCAGAAGGAUUUAUUCAAUCAUCUCAAAGAAAGCCACAAGAAGAAGUUGGGAAUGAAUACUUCAAUGAAUUAUUUUGGAGGUCAUUCUUUCAAAAUGCAACAAAAGACAGGAAUGGUGACAUGGUGGACUGCGAAAUGCACGAUCUUCUUCACGAUCUUGCAAAAUCUGUUGCGGGUACUAGUUGCUUGAUGCUGGAGGGUGGCAGGAAAGUAAUUAUCCCUACAGGCACACGCCAUUUAUCUAUCAUUUGCAAUGAGACUGAAAAUCUGAAGGGCGUUAGUGAUUCAAAGCUACGCUCUUUCCUCCUGUUAUUUGCACGACGAAAGAUUGCAAGAGUAUCUGGUAAUUUGAUCUUGAGUAUCAAAUCCUUGCGUGCUUUAGACAUAAGCAGUACUGGAAUUAAGAAGCUGUCAAAAUCAAUUGGUGCAUUGAAACAUUUAAGGUACCUUAACCUAUCAAAUACUCUUAUCAAAAAGUUGCCUAGCUCUAUCUGCAGUCUGUUCAAUUUGCAAACGCUCAUACUCCUGCACUGCAGCAGUUUGGAGAUACUACCAGAAAAUUUAAGAAAGUUGGUUAACCUGAGGCAUCUGAAUAUAUAUGGUUGUGGGUUAUUAACCGAAUUGCCAAAUGGAAUUGGAGAACUUGGCUCACUCAAAACAUUGCCACUAUUUAUAGUUGGUAAGCAAACAGGAUGUGGCAUUUCACAGUUGCAGAGCCUAGACCUUCAUGGAGAAUUAAAGAUUAAGAACCUUGAGAAUGUGAGGAAUGAAAGAUGUGCCAGGGAUGCAAACCUGAAGGAGAAGAGACACAUCCAGUCAUUGGAACUACUGUGGGAGAAUAUUGAUGAGGUAAAUGCAAGAGAAAAUGUUGAGUGUGUUACUGAAGGGCUUCAACCAAAUUUUGAGUUAAAGAAGUUACUCAUUGAGAACUACGUGGGUUCGAAAUUCCCGAGUUGGUUGAUGAGUUCUUCUCUCACAAAUCUUGUAGAACUCUCGUUAGUCAAAUGUCAAAGGUGUGCUCAACUUCCUCCACUGGGAAAGCUACCUGCUCUUGAAGUUCUCAGAAUUGAUGGAAUGGAUGCAACUAUGUACUUCUCCAAUGACUCCAGUGGAGCUAGCAGGGUUGCUGAUUUUGUGUCAUUGAAACGGCUCUCACUCAAAGAUAUGCCUAAUUUAUUGGGAUGGUCAUCCAUGGAAGGAAGAGAUCUACUUCCUUGCCUGAAAGAAUUGAUAGUUGAGUUUUGCCCAAAAUUGACCAACUUGCCAUAUCUUCCAUCUAUUGAAUCUUUAGAGCUGAACGAUUGCAGCAAUGAAAUAUUGGCAACAGUGACAAAGAUGUCCUCCCUUUCAAAUGCCCUUUUCAGUGGAUUUCUGGACCUGAUCUAUUUGCCACAAGGGUUGGUCAGAAACAAAAAACAUCUAUUGUCUUUAGAAAUCAAGGACUGCCCGAAGCUCAGGUCUUUUUCUGGUGAGCUUGAUAGUCUCUCUGCCCUUCAAUCAUUCAGGAUCAGUAAUUGCCCUGAGCUUGAAUCCUUGUCAGAGCUGGGAAGCCUCAAAUCUCUCAAGUCCUUAUCCAUAGACAGAUGCCACAAUCUAGGUUCUUUUGCAGAAGAAGGAAUGGGAAGAUUAACUUCUCUUCAACAUUUUUCACUCUCAAACUGUGAAAAUAUAACAGCCUUUCCACAUGCCAUGCAGCAUCUUGUAUGCCUCCAAACACUACAGAUCUGGAGUUGCCCCAAAUUAAGUACUUUGCCUGAGUCGCUGGGAAACCUUGCUGCACUCAAAGAACUGGAGCUUUGGUAUUGUGAAAAUCUACUUUGUCUACCAGAAUCAAUGCAACGCCUCACUUCUCUUCAAUUUUUGUCAGUUUGGAGCUGUCCUCACUUGGAGAUACAGUGUGAGAAGGAUCAAGGCAAAGAUUGGCACAAGAUAAAACACAUUCCAUUUAUCAAGAUCAAUGGCCCUUACAUUCAAGCGAUAGAUGGUUAGUGUCUUCAA